AAAUCCAUCUGUUGUUGGCUUUGCGCUGGUAUUCAACCGUUCCAAAGACAGACCGAGCGGUGCAAUUGUUUUAAGCUGUGAAAGUCGAGUAAAACACCAAGAAUUAUGCUGUUCUCAGUUAUUAAGGCGUUUUGGGCAGUUUUUACGCUCCUCUAUUUGGCCCAAAUGAUCAACUCAGCUCCUUGCGGAGUGACGUUAGUUACACCAAGAAAAGUCGUGGAAAGAGUUUCCAGGUCUGGUUGGUUACUGGUGCGAGGAAAUUCAUGGGAGGAUUUUAGGAAAAGUUUGAAUAUUCGGCCUCGCCAGAGGAGAGGCAUUAAUCAAAGAAAAUCCCGUCACUGUAAUUGGACUGACGAGCUUGACGAGAACGUAAAUAGAAAGCCAAGAUUUUUACACAAAGCAGUACUAGGGUGCAAAAGUUGCUCUUCGUUUUGCAAGCCCGUGGAGUUUGAUCAUAAGGUACUUGUUAAAGAUUGUAACGCCAGUCUAAGAACUCACAGAGAGAGAAUGGACGUCUGGAAAUGGGAGACAGUGACACUACCAGUGGCGUUUGUGUACAAUCCUUAAAAAACACCAAAUCGAUGUAGCUACCUUCUAUGUGUCAUCGUGACAUUGGGAAUAUACGACACAAGAUUUGGAUGAAUCUGCAAAGUACCUCAAAGAGAUAAGCUAUAUAAUCUAUAAAUAUGAAAACCACUUAAAUGAGUGACGAAAGGAAGGAGAAAAAGAAGGACAUAAACGAACUAAUAUAAAAAAGAAGAAGGAUGUGAACUCCGAAAGUAGUUCAGAAGGAGAGCCUCUGUGUAGACACGCACUUAAAUUCAAUAUGAUGUAAAAGUUAUAAAUAUUUCCUUCUAUUAUAAAGUAGGCAGAUAAAGAAUUUUAGAAGGAGAAACAGGCUGAAUGAAUUUAAUUCUAAAUUUGACUAUUCGUGAUGCUUUUAGAAAAUUUUUAUCAUCAUUUUGUGAUUAUUUAUUAUUCCUCGUACAACGUGAAAAUAGCUUUUAACCCUUUAACUCCCAGAUCGAAUUUGUAAUUCUCCUUACUGUCAACCAUACAAUUCUUAUCAUGUUA